AUAUAGAUAAAGCCCCCCACUCUCUCUUUCUGCAGCUUCACAGUCUCAGUGCAGCACCACCAUUUCCACAAUGGCCGCCUCACUCACACUCUCUCUCCUCGCCGUCGUCACACUCGCCGCCGUCUCCAUCGCCGCCGCCACCAAUAUCACCGAAAUUCUCGACGGUUACCCCGAGUACAGCGAAUUCAACACCUUGCUCUCUCAAACUAAGCUCGCCGACGAAAUCAACAGCCGCGAACCGGUCACCGUCUGCGUCCUCCCCAACGGAGCACUGUCGUCCUUCACCGGAAAAUACCCCCUCAGCGUCGUGGAGAACAUCCUCGCCCUGCACGUGCUGCUCGACUACUUCGACGCGCCGAAGCUCCACAAAAUCUCCGAAGGCUCGGUGCUCUCCACCACACUGUACCAGACCACCGGAAACGCCGACGGAAAUCUCGGAUUCGUCAACAUUACCGAUUUGAAGGGAGGGAAGGUCGGAUUCGGAUCCGGCGUUGCCGGUUCGCCGCUCGACUCCACUUACACCAAGUCGGUCAAGCAAAUCCCGUACAACGUCUCCGUUAUCGAGGUGAGCAAGGCGAUCGCCCCCGCCGCGGUUCUGACGGCGCCGUCUGCCGACGUCAACAUCACGGCGUUACUGGUGAAGGCCGGCUGCAAGACGUUCGCCUCUCUGAUUGUUUCCAACGGCGUUUCGAAAGUGUACGAGUCGGCGUUAGACAAGGGUUUGACGAUUUUCGCGCCCAACGAUGAGGCGUUCAAGGCGGCCGGCGUACCAGAUCUGAGCACGCUCUCCAACGCUGAGGUGGUCUCGAUCCUCCAAUACCACGCGCUCGCCAGUUACGCUCCCAUCGGAACUCUGAAACAGACGAAGGGUAAGAUUUCCACCCUCGCCACCAACGGCGCCGGAAAAUACGACCUCAGCGUGAAGACAGCCGGUGACUCAGUGAGUCUCGACACCGGAGUGGACACGUCCAGAAUCGCGUCGACUGUACUCGACUCCACUCCCCUCUGCAUUUUCACCGUCGACAGUUUGCUUCUUCCGGUUGAGCUUUUCGGGAAGGCUCCAUCUCCGGCGCCGGGUCCAGCUCCGGAGACUUCUCCAUCGCCGGCGCCGGCCGCCGAUGCUCCGGCUCCGGAAUCUGCUGCGGCACCAACUCCUAUGCUAUCUCCCCCAGCCCCACCGACAAGCUCACCCGACGGAGCGCCGUCGGAAGGACCCACUGCUGACUCUCAGAACAGUACCUCCGACAAUGCCGGCGGCUUUUUGGAAGCUCCGGCGACGAUGAAAACGCUGAUGCUCACAGUGUCAGUUUCGUUAUUUGCUUUCGUUUUCAUGUCCUAAAUCGUCAAUUCACCCACGUCUGCGUUAUUUAUUUAUCUUUUAUUAUAUAUUUUCCUAGUCAAAUUGUUUUUGUUUAAUUUGCCACUGCUUCUAGGAAGAACUUUAAAUUAGGGUUUCUUUUUUUCUUCUUUCGUUUUUAUUGUGUGUUUAAUUUUAACAUAUUUAUGAGAGAGAGUGAUUUUUUUUUUCUCUGUAUCGAAAUUUUCAUGGUUAUUGCUGCGCUGGUUUUCCUGGUAA